UAAAUAAAGAAUUCAAAGAAAGCAAAGAAUUCAAAGAAUUGACAUCGCCUGUUGCAGUACGGACAACGUCAGGUGCAGACAUCAGAGAUACAUAAAAUGCAUACAAAAACUUCUCGGCAUAUUUUGGAACUCUCAGUCCAAGAACAGAAAGAUUUCAUAAAUUCCUUUGAUUUCGUUUUAAGUGACUGCGAUGGUGUAGUGUGGCUAAUAUUGAGCCCCUUGCCCAAUACUGGGAGAACUAUAAAUCUUUUAAAAUCCGAGGGGAAAAAAUGCAUUUUCGUUACAAAUAAUUCCUUCAAUAACGACGAACAAUUUUUGGAAAAAUUUGCGUCAGUCGGCACUAAUUUAGUAAAAAGUGAAGACGUCAUAAAUCCCAAUAAGGCUAUCGCAAUGUACUUGAAGAAAUAUAAACCAGGGGAACGCGUGUUUUCGGUAAACAAUCACGUGGCGAAUGAGGUCUUUCGAAAUAAUGGCAUCGAUAUUGAAACAUUGACAAGUAAUAAAUAA